AUGAGCGGAAACUCCAGUGUCGGCACCUCAGGUGUCUACGAGGCAGGCGAUCAACGCAACUACAAAGAUGAGGAACUGAACGAGGCCGAGAGGUUCAAGGAGGGCAAGGAGAACAGCCAUCUUGCCAACGACUCCAAGGACGAGCGUUCAAUUGCAAACAAGCUAGCACGUGAAGAGAAGCGCCAGGGCGAAGAUGAUCCUCCAAAGAGCCUUCAGGCGGAGCAAAUCGAGCAAGAUGCAACACUACCGGCCCGAUCACACGGCAACGAGCCAAGCAAAGGGGCAAAGAUCGACCAACAGAUACGAGAAGAAGAAGAGGGGGAGCUCCGGAAGAAG